CGCUCAUGGAGUUAGAUAUGUUGCAGUCUCCCCUUCUGGGGCUUGGGGAGGAAGAUGAAUCAGACAUGACUGACUGGAAUCUGCCUUUGGCCUUCAUGAAGAAGCGGCACUGUGAGAAGAUUGAAGGGUCCAAGUCAUUGGCUCAGAGUUGGCGGAUGAAAGACCGGAUGAAGACCGUUAGUGUUGCCUUAGUAUUGUGCCUAAAUGUUGGCGUGGACCCUCCUGAUGUGGUGAAGACAACGCCAUGUGCUCGUCUUGAAUGUUGGAUAGAUCCUCUGUCAAUGGGGCCGCAGAAAGCUUUGGAAACAAUUGGUGCAAAUUUGCAGAAACAGUAUGAAAAUUGGCAACCAAGGGCCCGAUACAAACAGAGCCUUGAUCCUACAGUGGAUGAAGUUAAGAAGCUAUGUACAUCACUGCGUCGAAAUGCCAAGGAAGAGAGGGUCCUUUUCCACUACAAUGGACAUGGUGUCCCCAGGCCCACAGUAAAUGGAGAAAUCUGGGUGUUCAAUAAGAACUACACUCAAUACAUCCCAUUAUCCAUAUAUGACCUACAGACAUGGAUGGGCAGCCCCUCCAUUUUCGUGUAUGAUUGCUCCAAUGCUGGACUUAUUGUCAAAUCUUUCAAACAGUUUGCCUUGCAAAGGGAGCAGGAGCUGGAGGUGGCAGCAAUUAAUCCAAACCAUCCACUGGCUCAAAUGCCCUUGCCUCCUUCAAUGAAAAAUUGCAUUCAGCUGGCAGCUUGUGAAGCUAGUGAGUUGCUGCCAAUGAUCCCUGACCUACCAGCCGACCUGUUCACAUCCUGCCUUACUACACCAAUCAAGAUUGCACUGAGAUGGUUUUGCAUGCAGAAGAGUGUGAGACUCGUACCAGGAGUCACGUUGGAUUUAAUUGAAAAAAUUCCUGGGAGGCUGAAUGACAGGCGAACGCCUCUGGGAGAAUUGAAUUGGAUCUUUACAGCCAUUACAGAUACAAUUGCAUGGAAUGUCCUACCCAGAGACCUUUUCCAAAAGCUCUUCAGGCAGGAUCUGUUAGUGGCAAGCCUCUUUCGAAACUUCUUACUGGCGGAAAGGAUAAUGAGGUCUUACAACUGCACCCCAGUCAGCAGCCCUCGUUUACCUCCAACCUACAUGCAUGCCAUGUGGCAAGCUUGGGACCUUGCUGUGGAUAUUUGCCUUUCUCAAUUGCCUACUAUAAUUGAGGAAGGAACUGCAUUCAGGCACAGCCCAUUCUUUGCCGAACAGCUCACAGCAUUUCAGGUAUGGCUGACGAUGGGAGUAGAAAACCGCAAUCCGCCUGAACAGCUUCCCAUUGUCCUGCAGGUGCUGUUGAGUCAAGUGCAUCGGCUGCGAGCCCUUGAUUUACUGGGUCGAUUUUUGGAUCUGGGUCCUUGGGCUGUUAGCUUGGCAUUGUCUGUUGGCAUUUUCCCCUAUGUGUUAAAGCUACUUCAGAGUUCUGCUAGGGAGCUAAGACCUCUUCUGGUCUUCAUCUGGGCCAAAAUCCUUGCAGUGGACAGUUCAUGCCAAGCUGACCUUGUGAAAGACAAUGGCCACAAAUACUUCCUUUCUGUUUUGGCAGAUCCCUACAUGCCGGCUGAACACAGGACAAUGACAGCUUUCAUCCUGGCAGUGAUUGUUAACAACUACAAUACAGGGCAGGAAGCCUGUCUUCAAGGGAACCUUAUUGCCAUUUGUCUGGAGCAGCUAAAUGACCCACAUCCUCUUCUACGCCAGUGGGUAGCUAUUUGCUUAGGACGUAUCUGGCAAAAUUUUGACUCUGCCAGGUGGUGUGGAGUGAGAGACAGUGCCCAUGAAAAGCUCUACAGCCUUCUGUCUGACCCAAUCCCAGAGGUUCGCUGUGCUGCAGUCUUUGCCCUUGGUAGCUUUGUAGGCAAUUCAGCUGAGCGGACUGAUCACUCUACUACAAUUGAUCACAACGUUGCAAUGAUGCUGGCUCAGCUCAUCAAUGAUGGAAGUCCCAUGGUCCGAAAGGAGUUGGUGGUUGCAUUGAGUCACCUUGUAGUCCAGUAUGAAAGCAAUUUCUGCACUGUUGCCUUGCAGUUUAUGGAAGAAGAAAAGAAUUACACACUGCCUUCACCUGCUGCUCCAGAGGGUGGAAGCCUGACUCCAGUGAGGGACAGCCCCUGCACACCAAAACUCCGUUCUGUCAGCUCCUAUGGGAAUAUCCGAGCAGUCACCACAGCAAGGAACUUGAAUAAGUCUCUGCAGAAUCUCAGCUUGAAUGAAGAAACUGGAAGCUCUGUUGCAUUUUCUCCUGGGAACCUGAGCACCAGCAGCAGUGCCAGCAGCACCUUGGGCAGCCCUGAGAAUGAGGAGUAUAUCCUGUCCUUUGAGACCAUUGACAAGAUGAGAAGAGUCAGCUCCUACUCAUCACUGAAUUCCUUGAUAGGGGUUUCUUUCAACAGUGUUUACACACAGAUUUGGAGAGUCCUUUUGCACCUAGCUGCUGACCCAUACCCAGAUGUUUCAGACUUAGCUAUGAAAGUGCUCAACAGUAUUGCUUACAAGAUUAUGCAAGUGAAAGUAAAACUGGAUUGCAGAUUGAAGCCACAACGGCUGCCCAGUGCAGGUGAUCUAGUACAUGCAACUGUAAAUGCCCGUCCCCAGCGCAUCCUUGACACUGCAUCCCUAACACAGUCUGCCCCAGCCAGUCCAACAAAUAAAGGCAUGCACAUACACCAAGUGGGAGGGUCACCACCAACCACUAGCACCAGUAGCUCCAGUUUGACCAAUGAUGUGACAAAGCAGCCUGUCAGCCGGGAUAUCUCCUCUGUAAGACCUGCAAAUGUGGGUAAUGUGGGAGUGCAAUACACACCUCACUCCCACCAGUUUCCUAGAACAAGGAAAAUGUUUGACAAGGGUCCAGACCAGACAGCGGAUGAUGCUGAUGAUAAUGUCGGACACAAAAACUUCAUGUCAACAACAAUGCAAACAGGGUUUUGUGAUUGGAGUGCCAAGUACUUUGCGCAGCCAGUGAUGAAGAUUCCAGAAGAACAUGAUUUGGAGAGCCAGGUCCGAAAAGAGAGGGAGUGGAGGUUCUUGCGCAAUGCCCGAGUCAGGAAGCAGGCACAGAAAAUCAUCCAAAAAGGCAUUUCCCGACUAGAUGAUCAAAUCUUUCUGAACAGAAACCCCGGCAUGCCCUCAGUAGUCAAAUUUCACCCAUUUACCCCAUGUAUAGCAGUGGCUGAUAAAGACAGCAUCUGUUUUUGGGAUUGGGAAAAAGGGGAGAAGCUGGAUUAUUUUCACAAUGGAAACCCACGCUACACAAGGAUCACAUCCAUGGAAUACUUGAAUGGACAAGACUGCUCCCUGCUUUUAACAGCUACAGAUGAUGGUGCUAUAAGGGUGUGGAAAAACUUUGCUGACCUGGAGAAAAAUCCAGAGAUGGUAACCGCCUGGCAGGGCUUGUCAGACAUGCUGCCAACAACUCGUGGUCUGGCCCGAAGGGUUUCAAUCUAUCUUGACAGAAGUAAACAGGGAGGAGCAGGGAUGGUGGUAGACUGGGAACAAGAAACUGGCCUUCUCAUGACUUCAGGAGAUGUACGGAUUAUCCGAAUCUGGGAUACAGACCGAGAAAUGAAAGUGCAGGAUAUUCCCACAGGGGCUGACAGCUGUGUCACCAGCCUGUCCUGUGACUCUCAUCGGUCACUAAUUGUAGCAGGACUGGGUGAUGGCUCCAUUCGUGUUUAUGACAGGCGGAUGGCUCUCAGUGAAUGCCGUGUGAUGACCUACCGAGAGCAUACAGCCUGGGUAGUGAAAGCAUAUUUGCAGAAACAUCCUGAAGGCAACAUCAUGAGUGUCAGUGUAAAUGGAGAUGUCCGUUUCUUCGAUCCGAGAAUGCCAGAAUCAGUGAAGGUCCUUCAGAUAGUCAAAGGGCUGACAGCGCUGGAUAUUCAUCCACAAGCCAACCUAUUUGCUUGUGGCUCCAUGAAUCAGUUUACGGCAAUCUAUAAUGGGAAUGGUGAGCUGAUCAACAACAUCAAGUACUAUGAUGGAUUCAUGGGCCAGAGAGUGGGUGCCAUCAGCUGCUUAGCCUUCCACCCCCACUGGCCGCACCUGGCAGUCGGAAGCAAUGACUACUAUAUCUCAGUGUACUCGGUGGAGAAACGGAUCAGAUAACAGUGUGUGGAUGCUUUGUCAGAGCAGGACAUCUUCUGGCAGGCGGGACCAUGUCUCACUCAUGAUGUACAUAGUGAAAGCAUCGACUUGAAUGUUUUGUGUUGGCUGCUGCUGCUGCUGUGCAACCCCAUAACUUGAACACUUUUUGUCCUGAUUUAGCUACUGAUGAUUUUGAGUCAGAGAAGGAGAGAAGCAGUUCCUUGUUUUACUUCACAGCCGGAGCCUCCAGAAGCUACAGAAAGGGAGCACUUGUACUUUCAGUGGGAUUCCGUCACCAGUGCUACAUGUGACUGCUUCUCUGGUUGUUUGACAAUAUGUUCCUAUGAACUAAUGAGACAGCUGACUCCUGGAAGAGGGGGCGGGGUGUCCUUUAAAUCAGGAAUUCAGAAUUUACCUACUUUUCCACAUAUUCUACCUAGAACGUCUGUGGCUGCUACCUAUUUUGUGCCAAGUGCUGGCUUGGGCAGAUGCAUGCAAGCAGGCUGCCUGGCCGUGGAUAGUCUGUGUAUACCUUUCUACUCUUUAUACCACUGGCCAUCUUCUCUAGUGUUCACUAUUCCAUUGGAAGUAGACAAAAGGAAUUAGUGGGAGUCCUCAGGAAGUGAGAGUUCUGAAAAAACUACUGGAGAGUUGGCUGCCACUCAGAGGGGAAAAUGAGAAAUGACCCCAAGUUCCUCGGUGUCCAUUGGGAAACUGGAGUAAUAAAUUUGAAUAGCUACAUCAUAAUAUAAAAGAGGAAGUUUUCCCCUGUUACCAUCCACUCCAUCCUUAAUUUGCUCCAGUUUGCUCACAGAAGAACCGCAUAAGCACAAGAAACGGCCUGCUACCUCCACAUAGACAGUAAGGAGUUCGCUUAUCAUUGUACCACUGCCUUAAAUCUCCCGCACCCUAUGCUCUCCUUUUGCAAAAGUGCUAUUACUCAGCUUGAUAAAUGGAUGCAGUUGCUUGCAGCAUGCAUACAAAUCAGGCCUAUGCAGGUGUUUGCCUCUUUGGGCACUGUACCUGGGCUGAACAUUGGGGCAGUCUUGCAUACUUGGGGCCCUGUGUUUUGUUUGCAUGCAUACAUGCUAAUUGCAAGAGAAUUGCUGGUGCUCCUGCUCUCUAGAUUAUGCCAGUUCCAUCUCAUGCACCAUCUAGCUCCCAUACAGUGAAGACUGCAAUCCUUUCAGGACCCGGGGAAGUAACCCCAAAUCAAAAACUGCCUGGGUAACUUUGGACACAUAAGACAAGAAGGCCUUGCACAGCUUUGUGCCAGACUUGUACUACAGUUUAAGCCUUGGUGCCAAUAAGUGUUAUCCAGAAAGCUGUGGAGAGCCAUGAAAGCAAAGUCUUACUAAUAAUGUUCCUUACUGUGAUUGCAUUAAGAACGGAGAUCCAUCCAGUUCAUCUCGUCUCAUGGAAGUCAGAUUUGCCUUGCUUGAGGAAUCCAUCUCCUGGGCCUUGAUAUGAAACAUUUCCCAUGCAUCAUUUUGUAGGGUUUUGAAUUUUGAGAGCUCAGCAUGAAAAGUGCAAGGACAACUGCUCCUAUAGCUAGCAAACUGUAUGGCAGGCCACCAAAAUUAAGUGGUGUAAAUAAGUAAGAGGUUGAGGUGACUGGACAGAGCUCACAGUUUUGCUGACGCCAGCCUCAGUCAUGCUGAGAUAUGCAGUCUUUGGCCCCCAUUGCCAUACCUGCCCCUCUGUAAGUGGCAAUGAACUCAGGGAAGGACAGAUAGGUGAUAGAUAUUACUAACUAGCAUCAAGCCAGCAUUUGGGAUCCAUGUAUAACUGACCUAAAACUACACAAAUGAGAAUAGGAUGAUUAUUUUUUUAAUUUAGAUCCAAUGGUUUGUUUCAAGAGCAAAAUUCCUCGUGCUUCCUCUUAGCUUCCUCAGCCAGCACUAUGGUUGUAGCGUCCCUCCCUUUUUUUAAAAAAAUGUAUGCCACCAGACUGUCAUCUUCCAUCCAAAUAUGCGUGAGGUGUGGUGGGGGCUGGAUAUUUCGCAAGUCUGAUGUGUAGAUCCAAUCAUGAAGUUUAACCAAGACUCCAGAAAGCAUCCUACAUAUACAGUUCACUUAUCUCUAUAUUUAUUUUCAAAUAAAAUUAAAAGGAGACAUGCAUUCAUUUAAUAAUAAACCACCACAAGAUUGUAAUGUGAGAAUAAACAAUUAAUUAAUAAAUGGUUAAUAAAAUGUAAAUGCUGAAACAA